AAUAAUUCUGAUUCAUAAUCAACAACGGUACGUAGAUGAAGUUUAAUAUGCAAUGAUUUGUAAUUUUUGACGAUCAUUUUGUUUGUUACUUCAUUAGUGGUUCUCAUCAUUCUUUAACCUGCGCGAUUCACGCUUCCACGUGUUGCAUCGAAAAGAAAAGAGAGAGAAGAUAAUUAGACAAAAACAAGAUGCUUGAGGUAAUCAUCCACCCUGGUCCCAGGACCGAGUUGAUUGAGUCGCCUAUUCCGAUUCCCAACCACGACCAAGUUGUUAUUAGAGUGGUAGUCUCCGGAAGCAACCCAAAGGAUUGGAAGCGACCAGAAUGGCUGGACGUGCACAUUAACCAAGGUGACGACAUUGCGGGAUUUGUUCACCAGGUUGGAAAAAAUGUAACUGAAUUCAAGCCCGGCGAUCGAGUUGCCGCAUUCCACGAAAUAAUGGGCCCUGGUGGUAGUUACGCAGAAUAUGCAUUAGCGUGGGCAUCAACGACGUUUCAUAUUCCUCAAAAAACAUCAUUUGAAGAAGCAGCGACAAUCCCGCUCGCAGCAAUGACAGCUGCAUUAGGCGUCUUUUCACGCCUUGAACUCCCCGAUCCAUGGGUACCCAGCCGCCAGGAAACCCCGGUUCUGAUAUAUGGAGGGGCUACCGCUGUUGGGGCAUUCGCUUUGAAAUUCGCCAUUAAAGCAAAUAUCCACCCCCUAAUUGCUGUUGCUGGCGGUGGUGCAACAUACGUCGAAUCACUAAUUGACCGCUCAAAAGGUGAUACUAUAAUUGACUAUCGCAAAGGUGCUGAUGCUUUGGUUGAAGAGAUCCAAAGUAUUCUCCACAAACACAAGGUUAAUAAACUUACACACGCCUUUGACGCAGUUUGUGACCAUGGAAGUAUGAAAAAUAUACUACGUCUUGUCGACCCAGAUCGGGCGAAAGUAGCUUGUGUUUUGCCUCUAGCUGAUGAUCAGCUACCCUCACCCAUGCCGCCAAAUAUCACACUCUUGCAAACCAAUGUUCGGAGUGUGCAUGGACAACCAGGAGCUCUCCCAGGAGAUACAGAUUUUGGUUUCAUCUACUUCAGGUAUUUUUCCAAGGGCCUGACGGAGGGCUGGUUUUCUGGUCAUCCUCAUCAGGUCCGGGAAAACGGGCUAGAGGGAGUCGAGAGUGCAUUGAGGGACUUGAAGGAGGGCAAGGCCAGCGCAGUGAAAUACGUCUUUCGUAUUGAGGAUACGCCAGCGUUGAAGAAAACCUCAAUAUAACUGAAUAUAAAUGCACGGAAUCUGUAUCUAUGAUGCCAAGUUGGUAUCGCUACAGUCAUUGAUAGGGUUUCAAUAUUUUAAAUUAGACUAUAGACAUCUUUUACUUCGUCAUCAAUGUUUACACAGUUUUCAGUAAGAGCAUUUUUGAAAAUUCC